GUCGCCUAGUAACCGCUGUAAACACAGGAAAUACCAUUUGGAUGAAUGCAGUGUCUUCGAUUAAACAUAUGGAGCCUAGCAGGUGAUUUGGAUAGUCAAACAUAAAAGUAUCAUAAAUAUAUUUUUAUAAUGGUGAAACAAACGAUUCAAAUCUUCGCCCGCGUAAAACCGACAAAGAAACCCAAUGCGGUGUACUCUGUGGACUGUGGGGAACAGGGUAGCAGUUUGGAUUUUGUUGUUCCCAGAGACUUGGCUGAUGGUUUUGUCAACAACAACAAGGAGAACUACAAAUUCAGGUUCCAAAGGGUUUUCGACCAAACAGUCAAUCAAGAAGAAAUCUUUGAAGCUGUUGCGAAGCCUGUUGCUGAUAAUGUGCUGGCAGGUUACAAUGGCACCAUCUUCGCCUAUGGCCAAACAGGAAGUGGAAAAACCUUUACUAUCACAGGAGGUGCAGAACGCUACAGUGAUCGAGGAAUCAUCCCUAGAACGCUCUCUUACCUGUAUCAGCAUUUCAGCAAGGACAGCACUAUAAUCUAUACGACCCACAUAUCUUACCUGGAAAUCUACAAUGAAGCUGGCUACGAUCUACUGAAUCCCCAACAUGAAGCAUCUCGUCUGGAGGACUUACCGAAGGUGACCAUCAUGGAAGACUCAGACCAGAACAUUCACCUUAAGAACCUGUCAUUGCAACAAGCGGCAAAUGAAGAGCAAGCUUUGGAUUUGCUUUUUUUAGGAGACACUAAUCGUAUAAUUGCAGAGACUCCCAUGAACCAGGCUUCCACACGUUCUCACUGCAUCUUUACCAUUCACCUGUGCAGCAAGAAGCCCGGUUCAGCCACAGUGCGAUGCUCCAAGCUUCAUUUGGUAGAUCUAGCUGGAUCGGAAAGAGUAGGAAAGACAGGUGUGGGGGGUCAAAUUCUAACGGAAGCCAAAUACAUCAACCUGUCGUUGCACUUUCUGGAGCAGGUCAUCAUAGCUUUGUCAGAGAAGAAUCGAUCCCACAUCCCCUACCGUAACUCCAUGAUGACCUCUGUGCUUAGGGACAGUUUGGGUGGCAACUGUAUGACCACUAUGAUAGCAACUGUGUCUGUGGAGAGGAUGAACAUUGAUGAGUCUAUUUCCACUUGUCGUUUUGCUCAAAGAGUGGCUUUAAUUAAAAAUGAUGCUUUGCUCAAUGAAGAACUAGAUUCCGCUCUUUUAAUAAUUCAUUUGAAAAAGGAGAUCCAGUCUUUAAAGGAAGAGCUUGCUCUGGUUUCUGGAGAGCAACGGAGUGAUGAGCUAACUCCAGAGGAAAUCCAGAACCUGGAGCAGAGUGUUAAGAUGUUCCUGGAAGACCCUGACUCUGAGGCAACAUUAAACCUAGGACCUGAUAUGAGGAAAAUUCACUUCUGUUUUUCUUUGCUAAAGGCAAGAUUGCAAGAUAGACCAGUUGCUCACAAUUGGGCAGAAGAUGGCAGCACUACUCCUUUAAAGGACUUGUCUGACGGAGACAACUUUAAAACCAAUGCAGAAGGCAAGAAACUAGAAGACAUGUUGAUCCAACGUGAUAAUGAGAUCAGUAUAUUAGUGAGCAUGCUUAAGAGGGAAAAGAGGAAAGUUCAAGAGGUUACAACCGAGCUUAAACAGUUUCACAAUCAAAAUCUUUCACACCACAAUUCAUUGUGGUUACCCACAACCCUGCAGGCUGAGGACAGUACUAAAAGUGACACCCCUAAGGAUUACACUCAAGUUCAACAUUUGAUAACCAGAAAAAGAGUGCCAGAGAUGUCUGUUGGUCAACUAGAGGCAUUUGAAAUCUUUUUGAGAGACCAUGAAGAUCAUUUAACAAUUGAAGACAAGAAGACCAUACUAAAAGAGAGGUUUGCUGAAGCCAAGUCACUGGGAGAACAUGUUAAUCAGAUCAGGAGACAAGUCGAUGAGUUAAAAUUGCAGCUGAGAAUGAGACGGAUGCAAGUGGCAGCCCAAGGCUUAACCGGGAACCAAACAGAAUCAGAUUCAGACCAAGUGGAGGAGAGAAUCCUUAACCAGAUAGAGGAGGAAAAGAAAAAUUAUAAGAUCACAUCUGGACGCCUAAAAGGACUAAAGUCUGAGAUUGAUCAUCUACAGAUGUUACUUGAGAAGUCAAAAAUGAAGCUUCAACGGGAUUUUGAGCAUUGGUGGACCCAGGAGACCAUGAGGCUGCAGGCUCACAGAGCAGAGUUCACAGAAACCAAUCAAAGUCACACCAGCUGCAUGUUAACCUGGAACAUUGUGCCACCUUAUCCUCCCACUGAAACCAACGCUCCCAAUCCUGUGACCACCACAGAAUUUAGACCAUUACCUUCAGUUGACCUCACAUCUACCCCUAUUCCUCUAACUGGAGACAAUCAGACUGAUGCAGAUAUACUGGCCUUCGUCAAAGCCAGAUACAACCUGCUCAACGCUACAGGAAUGGAGAAAUAAGCAUGCUUACAACACUGGGAGGAGGAACAAACAUUAACACACAAAUUUCUACAUAAUGUUUGUCCAAAUUUAAGUGACAUAUACAGUAUAUUAAAAGCCUUCAGGUCACAAGCUCAGUGGAAGCUAUAAAACUGUAUUGACUGUUAUUGAUUUAAAGAUAAUGGAAAUGAGGAACCACCCAGAUAGCAAAAAUUUUCAGGGCCAGAAAUGGCUGAGUUCAGGCUGUUCUUUUGGCACACAUGCCGCCACGGCUUACGGUCCUUGAUUGGUCCCAGAGCUGCUUGCCUUAAGUAAUCCAGAAUCUAGCCGAAAGCAGACCAUAAUUUAGCCGCAACCCUUUCACACCUCGAGAAAUCAGCCACAGCUCUCCCGGAAUCUCCAGAUAACAACCAGAAAAGAGCCCAAAUUACCACAUUUAUCCCCAAACUUACCCACAACUUUUCCAGAAACCCCAAAUGUAACCCAGAAAAUAACCAAAAUUACCAUAUUUACCCCAGAACCCACCCACAACUUAUCCAGAUGCCCCAGAAAAUAGCCAUAAAGUGACCAAAAUAUAUUUAUAUACCGUAAAAUGUAUAAUUGAAAAACACAGAUAUAAAGCAAAUAUAGUGUUUUAUUGAUGUUGACAAGAAUAAUUUCAGAUAACAGCAAAAUAAAUGAAAUGUCAAAUGUUCUGCCAAAUAAACAAAUAACAGUAGAAGGAUCAAAUAAAAGCAAAGAAAUAGCCAAAGUAACAUAAAAGCUAACAGAGAAACAUAAACUUAAUUGUUUUAAACAAUAAACAGGUGAAAAAAACAGAUGUAAUAACAGAAAGCAAUAUAUACAACAACUGGUUAAAUAUAAAAAAAUGCAAUAUAAAAUGAAUGUUUACAAAUGUGCAAAUGUGUAUUAGAUAAAUACAUUUGAAAAUAAUACCAUGUUAUGUCACCAGCUAGAAAAAAGCAACAUUUAGUAACUUUAAUCUCCAGUCAUGUCUGUGCACACAAAGGACUUCUUACAGCCUACAGAAAAAAAUCAUAAAAUACAGUUAGAAAAUACAUUUACAUAAAAUGCAUAAGAGUAAGGACAAAAAUGAUAUAGUACACACUGCCAGUCCAAGAACUGAUACUUUUAACAUUCAAUUCAAGACAUAGGAAAAAAUAUGUUUGCAGAUUUCAGAGUUCCAGAAGGAUUUCUAAAUUACCAAUUAAAUAAAGCACUUACCAAGUAUAAAAAUUGUUUUAGUCAAGCAUUUUCAUUUCCUGCUUCAUUAUUAUCCAGCGUUCACUCCAAACAAUCCAAGAUCAAGUACCUGGAAUAUUUUUAAAACAUGGUGUCACUUUUAAGCCAAAACUUGUGCUUUUGUAACUUAUAUGAAUAUUAGACAAAUUACCCUAAUAAGAGACUUAACAAAUUAGAUAUAGACAAUAAUGUAAUUCAUCAAAUCAAACUGCACAAAGAUAAAUAAUGAACAUAAUAUACAUCAUCUUACUUCAUUUUCUGUUUUGAUGUCCAUGUCUUUGUCUCUGUCUGGAGAAUGGUUUGCUGUUCUCCAAGAGGCAGUAAUGUCUAUCAAAUACAGAAGUCAAAAAUCAAAUCACACACAUUUGUUUACUCUUUUAAACUGAUAAAUUUUUUAACGAAGUUAAACUCACCUCAGUCUUUACCCAGACAGCUGGAACAACAUAGUCUGGUAUAGGAUUGUACGGUAAUGCAUCUGCAUUGCAACUACACAGUAAAGCAUGCCUGUCACCUUAGCAAAUGUUUUUACAAGAUAAAGUGUUAACUAGGGCUGCCCUCGACCAAAGAUUUUCCUAGUUGACUGGUAGGUCGUUCAUUUUCGCUAUUAUUCGACUAUCGCACGUUUAUGAUAUUAUUAUUAUUAUUAUAUCUAUUAUUUAAAUAUGUAUAGGCUACCGUAAAGCGGGCAUCUUAAAUGGUUUAGUUUCAGGGUUAAGAAAGAAUGCUAUGUGUAACAUUUCUAACAUUUAUGUUACAGAGACCUACUUAACCAUAAUAAUAAUCCUAGAAAUAUAAAUUAAGCCCUCAGGCGGCCCGGCGAUUUGAAUAAUUUAUAAAUGCAAAGUCAGCACACAUACAUCUUGCCGACGUUGUCCCGACUUUCAAAGUUCCAUCGUAAGAUGUCGCUCAGGGAGCGUUUGCUAAUUGGGAAGAUGUCGUCUAGAUGUUGGCAUCUCGUCGCAAAUGCCCUCGGGCCGAUGUUUAAACGAUGCGAUUUCAGCCGCUCUGCGCGGGCUUUACCGGCCAUUUAUUUAUUAAUUUAAACCUUUAUUCAUUCACACUUAUCCAGAAUAAUGUGCUUCCAUGCAAUAAAUAACUAAAAACAAGUACACCACUCUCAAUAACCGUUGCAAAUGUAUUCAUUUGACAAAUAUAACACAUAAACAACUUGGAUAAAUCAGUAACAGAAUAUUUAGAUGUGUCACACACAGGGGCGUUUGCACAAGAUCUCGUGCCAACAUAUAAAUAUAUUUCAAUAUAAAACUAAAAUGAACAAAAUGAUCAAAUAAACAAGUGAUUCAAGCCCAUAAUACAUGAAAAUUUCUUUAACAUUGUUUAAAAAUAUCUCAGGGUGAGUUUUCAAAAAAUUACUGAAAAAACCCAAGGGUAUAUAUUUCAAAUUCUAGGCAAAGGCUGGCUGCAUUUGAAAUGAUAAAAUAAGUAAUAGAUAGUUUAAAAAAUAGUUUGGAUGUCUGAAGUUUUAGUCUCAAGAUAAUUUACAUAUGUUGUACAAAUGGGACACGGCCUGUGAAAACCCAGCAAAGAAUUUCUUUGUGAUUUACUGUUUUCUACAUAAAAUCCUCCUACACAAUACAGAAAACAUUCUGUAAAAAUAUAAUCUUGACAUCUUCAAUAUUGACUGAGUAAGGCCAUGCCAAAGACUGAACUCAAUGUUAAAUCAGUGAAUUUAAACUUUAGAUGUCAUUAGAUGUUAAGACAGUAGCCUGGAUUUCAUAUACAAUAUUUAUGUAUCUUAGAAAUAUAUUGUAAAUAAUAAUGUGCAGGUACAUAACAAAAAAAUAUAAUCAUAAAAGAUUCUUGUCAGGUCUUCUGUCUUUGGCCGUUUUCUCAAUUCUAAGAACGCAAAGAACGGUCUUGCCAGGUGACCUUGGAAGAACGAACUCAGAAGGUCGCGAGAACACAAAACGCACUUGUGAGAAUUGAGAUGUGUGUGUGAUCUUCUUGUUGGUCACGUGACUUCCCCAGAUUUCAGCGCGCAAGUCUGCACUCGAUGCAUCCUCGAUAUCAAGAACACAUCCGGGUACUUUCACGCUUCCUCUAUACUUGCGUUCUUGAGAAUUGGAAAUGAACGUUGCCGGUUAAUGAUGACGUAGAGCGAGGACACAAGGACGCAAGAUCGCUGAAGAACGCAUAUUGAGAAACAGCCUUUGUUUCCUACACUCGUCUCUGCAAGCAGCGCCUUUAAACCUUAGAGGUUCCUCUUUGUUGCCUUUGUUUCCUGUCCCAACUAUGUAAACACCGCCUUUUAAAGAUCUGGAAACCACUUCUUCCUGUCCAAGGUUCCUCUUUGUUGCUUUAGGAUCACCUAAAUUGAAACAUCCAAAAAUUUUUAUUAAUCAUACGAUCACAUUUUUAUAUUUAAAUUUAGGUGCCUAUGGCAAACGUGAACAAUCAUGUAUAUUGGAUAGACCAGGGGUUCUCAAAGUUUACAUUCAAAGGUCCAAAUCUGGAUUCUUAUCAUUUUUAUAGGUCCGGAAAAACUGGUCAUUACAAAAAUUGUCAAGCAUGGUAAUAACUUUAUGUAAAUAAUUUGUUUAUAUAACAAAUCAACACAAAUAGUUUGGAAAAAGUAUUUUCUAUUAAAGUACAUUUAUAACAAGUGUAUUUUGCAUUUAAAAUAAAAAAAUUAAACAUAAACACAAGAAGUAUGCCAAAUGUAACCAGGUGUAAAAUACAGGGCAACCUAAUUAGAGAAAUGGCACAGUUUGUCUUCCAUUCAGAUGCAUAAACCGUGCAAAAAAGGUGUGGUUGGUAGACGGAGACACUGACCAAAAUUAGGGGUGCACCUAUAAAUUGGCCGAUGAUGCUUGCUGCUUCUCAAUGAAUUACAGUGAAAUGCUGCUACAUCCAAAAGCCAAGGGGCGCUCUUGUGCAGAAACUCAAUAUGCGCUGCAGACGAAGAACCAGACACACGCAGCUCCAGGAAAUGUCAUAAGGAUAUAUUUAUAUUUAUGUUCUUCAAACCUCUUCAGGUAUUUUCAUGAUAAUAAAGAAUAUGUAUAAAGAUUAUGUUUGACGAGGGUUGCUUUUUCAAAUGCAUGUUAUAAACGACUCAAACCAACAGUGAUUUCAGAUUGAUAAGGACUUACUGAUCAAAAGCCGUAGUACAUGAAGUAGCUGUGCAUAAUAUCUGGGUGUGAUGGUUACAGCGUCACACAGGAAAUUUUUUAAUAACUCGUUUUAUUUUCGGACCAGGAAUACUCUUAAAUCUAAAAAGAAAUAAAAACUAAACGAACGGUUUACACGUUUAAUAUGCAUUUGUAAAGUAGCAAAUGCACACAUUUAAUCAAUCACAUAGAAAUGAAUGCACUUGCAAUAUGAAGUGGACGCGGGUCCGGAUCAAGUUCCCGUCGGGUCCGGAUUCGGCCCGGAGUCCGGACUUUGAAAACCCUUGGGAAAGACAAUCAAAAAAGGUCCACAAGGCAUACAGUACUUUAUGUAAGCACAUAAAACAUCUGGGGCCCUAUUUUAACGAUCUGAAACGCAAGUGCGAAGCGCAACGCGCAAGUGAGUUUGUGGGCGGAUCUUGGGCGCUGUUGCUAUUUUCCCGGCGUGAGAAAUAACUCUUGCGCUGGGCGCAAAUCAAUAAGGGGUUGGUCUGAAGUAGGUUCAUUAUUCAUAGGUGUGGU